AUGAAUAACGACGAACGAACGAAUGGCCCCAGGCGCCCCUCCCCGCGAUGGGGUCCCGGGGCUCCUCCGGGAGGGCGGGAGGCGGCAGGGGGCGCUGCUGGGGGAGGCCGGCUCCCGGGCCCCUCUAGCCCCGGCGGGAGGAGCCGAGGGGCGCCCCACUUCCGCUUCCGCUUUCGCCGCUUCCGGUGCCUUCGUCGCCUCAGACGGCUGAGGGACGGCCGGCCGGUCGGUCGUCCCGAUGGACAGGAAUCCAUCGCCGCCGCCUUCGCGGUCGUCCCGGCGGUUGGGGAGGGGGGCGGGGCCGGCGCCAUCGGCCGCACCGUCUACAGCAAACGCUGGCUCUUCGGCGUCCUCACCGACCUCAUCCAGGUGGUCAGUACAGAAAAUGCCAAAGGCAACUCAGACGAAGAGGAGCAACGGGCGGAGCUCGACGAAGAAAUGGAGAACGAAAUUUGCAAAGUGUGGGACAUGUCGAUGGAUGAGGAUGUAGCUUUAUUCCUCCAGGAGUUCAAAGCCCCAGAUAUCUUUUUGGGAGUCCUGGCCAAGUCCAAGUGUCCUCGACUAACCGAAAUCUGCGUGGGGAUUUUGGGUAAUAUGGCCUGUUUCCAGGAGAUAUGCGUGGCGAUAAGUAACGACGAGAACCUCGGGCAGGUGUUGUUGCACUGUUUAUGCGAUUCGGACGCUCCCACUCUGCUAGAAACCAACAGGUUGCUGCUGACCUGCCUCUCCCAGCCGGAAGUGGCCAGUGUCUGGGUUGAAAGAAUCCGGGAGCACCCGUCCGUCUUCGUUAGCGUCUGCUUCAUCAUGUCCAGCUCUACCAAUGUCGACCUGCUGGUGAAGGUGGGUGAAGUGGUGGAUAAGCUGUUCGACCUGGACGAGAAGCUCAUGUUGGACUGGAUCAGAAACGGGGACGCCCAGCCCCCCGACCAGUCCGCGGGGGAUGCCGAAGAGCCCCCGGUCUUUAAAAUCGUGCCUUGCGUACUCGAAGCCGCAAAGCAAAUUCGUUCUGACAACCCAGAAGGCCUGGAUGUUUACAUGCACAUCUUACAACUCCUCACCACGGUGGACGAAGGGAUCCAGGCCAUUGUGCAGUGUCCUGCGGCGGGAAGCGACGCCUGGAACCUGCUGUACGACCUGGUGCUCAAUGACCUGUGCCAAGCCGAUGACCCGCCCAUUAUCAUUCAAGAGCAGAAGACGGUGCUGGCUUCCAUUUUCUCCGUGCUGUCCGCCAUGUACGCCUCGCGGAUGGAGCGGGAGUACCUCAGGAUUGAAAAAAGCUUGCCUCUUGUCGGCAGCUUGAUUCGGGUGUUACAAAAUGUGGAAGACUGCCAGAACAGCGCAGAGAACGCGACCGAAUCCGACCCGGGGGAGCCCGAGAGGUCCGAUGGCGGCGAGAUGGACUUCCAUUUGAAAAUCCUGAAGGACGUUUCCUGCGAGUUUCUUUCCAGCGUCUUUCGGGACCUGACCAAGGAGAACGUAGCAGAGGGACUGAAGCGGGGAUAUCUCAGUAAACGGAAGUGUUCCUGCGCCUUGAAAAAUCUCCUUCCUCUCUACAUCACCGAGGUGGAAACCUUCCUCAAAGUCCUGCAUGAAGCUGACGAGUCCCUCGCGGGUGAACUGAUGGGAAACUUCCCGAGUUUGAAGGUCCGGACCUAAGACCGGGAUUGGAAUUUCCCCUCCUAUAGAACAAGACUUUUGUUCCUUCCCAGGCUAUAGAAAGUGACGCAUGGACCCGGAUCUUAUGAGGUAAAAGUCAAAGUGAAGAAGUAAAGAGAAGCGUUAUCUAGAACUCGACCGGUUCAUCUGAGCCCAUCACACAUCCUUGUCUCGCUCAUACGUGACAGAAGUUAGGAGCAAGAAAUUCACCUUUUUUCCUAUCGUCGUGAAUGUCACUGCUCUCGCCGUCAGUUAGUCUCUCGUUUGUGUUUAUCACUUUGUCGUGUCAGAACGGCGCUGAUGUUUUAGAGGGGGUUGGGAGAGAAAUUGUUCAUCACGUCUACUUCUUAAGCCCUGUGUUGGAAUUUUAAGUUCAAGAGACUGCUAGCCACUGCGGGGGGUAUCUUUGUCCAAGCUUGGAUCGUUUCUGUGAGUAAAAUGUAAAAGUUUCAACAUCCCGAGCUGCAUCGAGAGGGAAGCCGCCAAGCUUCGAUCCAUCGCGGUUGGAUGUUGAGCCAGGUUUUCAGCGCUAUCCCUGCGCUAGAAGUGGGAACUUUGAUAAAUGUCCACUGGCGAGAUUCACCCUCUUCAGACCGUUCCCGGUCGCUGAAGUGGAGCAAAUCAUUUGCCUCAAGUGAUUUUGGUUAUUCGGGAUGAAUUUGAACAGUUCUAAUAACUUUAGGUAACCACAUCAUAGCUGCUGUCGGUACAUUACCGUGUUCCUCGAUAAAUUCAGUACAACGCCACCGAGUUUCGGCUGGAGUGGUGGAAUUCUUCUGUAACUCCGGUCUUAGAGAUGCGUAUAAGGACAGCAGAGCUAGUCCCUGUUCCUUUUGGUAUCCGGAUUUUGUUUAGCCCCUGGCUCAUUUGUGGCCUGUGAUUUCCUCAAGCGACCACCCGUAUGGUUAACGAACUGAUAACGGCGUUAACGGGGUGGCCGGGGUGGAAGACGUGCGGCUUGUCUUUUUAAUCUUCAGGUUUUUCAGGUCGUCGUCACAAGCGGCUUCCGCGUCUCCCCGUGGGCUCUGAAUUAGUUGCAUUAUGGAUGGCCCCCCAAGUCCCCGUCUGUAGCUUCCUCGUCGGUUUUAUAUGCCGGUAUAGUCGUUUGCUCCACCGGUUAGGGGAGAGUAGUUAUGAAACAGUUUCGGUAUCUAUUUUUGUACGAUGUUGAAAAAAUUUCCCAAGCCCGUAAAUUGAAAUAAAGGUAUGUUUUUUGGAAAGGUA